AUGGGUUUUAUCGGGAAACAUCGUGUUGCCAUCUGGGAAGAAAAACAACAUGGUAGAGGAACAGCUGGUAUUGGCAAUGGCCAAAUAAACAUUGGCAGGCACCCGCCAUUAGUCUACAGGUCAGAGAAAGUGGAAAUCUUAAGACUGGCCCAGUCAAAGAGGAACAUUAACAGUUUGAAUAUGGACCUUGAAAGGGAUAUGCAGAGAAUUGAUGAAGCAAAUCAGGACCUUCUUCUCAAAAUCCACAAGAAAGAAGAAGAGAUUCAGAGGCUGGAAAAUGAGAUCACUCAGACCAGAGACCUGGCACAGGGUGAGGAGUGGGGGAAGGAGAACCGCACCACGAUGGAAACGGAAAGAGCCUUGCAGGCGCUAGAAGAAGAAACAGCCAGACUGGAAAGGAAGAAUGAGACUCUGGUCCACAGUAUAGCAGAACUUGAAAGAAAGCUUACAAGGAAAUCUCAAAAGGCAACUAAGUGUGAACAAGGCAAUCUAAAGGGAACCCCAGAAGAGUCAAAGGUUAAGUUACAACAGCUGGAAGCCUCCUGUGCAGACCAAGAGAAGGAGCUGGCCAAGGUAACAGAAGACUAUGCACUUUUGGCCCAGCUCUGUGAAGAUCAGGCCCUCUGCAUAAAGAAGUACCGGGAAACUUUGAAGAAAAUAGAAGAAGAACUAGAGACUCAGUUCCUCGAGAGAGAAGUGUCAAAAGUCAUAAGCAUGAACUCAGCAAGCAAAGAGUGUAAUGGCCAAAAUAACAAGGAUAACUCUCUCCAAAAGAAGAAAACAGGAUUCUGUAAAACGAUUUUUCAAUAUUUCUUUUUCACCACCCUGUUUUUCAUCAGACUGCUGGGCUACUUGUUGUUCCACAUAAGUUUUAUAAAUCCAGAUCUCUUUGUCAAUAUACUGCCCAAGAUACUGAGCAGGAACAUCUUGUGGAAGCUAAGAUGCCUUCUCUUUCCAUCUCUCAUGCUUGAGACAGAGGACAUGUUACCCCACUGACCCCCAAGAAAUAUCCUGGAGCAAAAGAAGGCAAGUGGUAUCCGAGUCCGUAGACUAAGAGAUGAUGGAACUUGUGGAGGAAAGAGGUUUUCUUCAGUUAUUUCCUUGAGGUUUUCCUACUUGAUUACCAGCCCUCCUCACACAGUCUUUCCAAGAUUAACCUUGCCCGGUAAAGAGCUCUGUCAAUGGAUUUCUGUGGCUAUAUGGAUAAGCUAAAUAGUACCAAUAGUAAACAAAGCAGACUAUUUUUGGAAUAAUAUCAUAAAUGCUGAGCAAAAUUAGAGCUGAUCAAUUCUUCUAGUGAAUCUUAAAAAUCUAAGACACAGGAUCCCUGCAAAGCAGAAGAUUGUU